UCAAGUACACGCUGGACCCCGUCUGGAAGCCGUUCACUGUGCCUUUGGUGUCACUGUGUGAUGGAGAUGUAGAGAAGCUGAUAAAGGUGAUGUGUUACGACUACGACAGUGAUGGGGGACAUGACUUCAUUGGGGAGUUACAGACUUCAGUGGCCAGGAUGUGUGAAGCCCAAGAUUCCUUUCCGCUCGAGCUAGAGUGCAUUAACCCCAAGAAACAGAAGAAGAAAAAGAAUUACAAGAACUCUGGGAUCAUCAUUGUCAAGUCCUGCAAAAUAACCAGAGAUUUCUCCUUCCUGGACUACAUCCUGGGAGGCUGCCAGCUGAUGUUUACCGUUGGGAUUGACUUCACAGCCUCCAACGGGAACCCGCGAGACCCCUCCUCUUUGCACUACAUCAACCCCAUGGGGACAAACGAAUACUUGUCGGCGAUCUGGGCUGUCGGCCAGAUCAUCCAGGACUAUGACUCAGACAAGAUGUUUCCUGCUCUGGGAUUCGGCGCCCAGCUUCCACCGGACUGGAAGGUAUCCCAUGAGUUUGCCAUUAACUUCAAUCCCACAAACCCGUUCUGUUCAGGUGUGGAGGGCAUUGUCCAAGCUUACUCAGCCUGCCUGCCCCACAUCCGCUUCUAUGGACCCACCAACUUCUCCCCCAUCAUCAACCACGUGGCCCGCUUUGCGGCUCAGGCCACCCAACAGGAGGCUCAAUACUUCAUCCUCCUCAUCAUCACAGACGGGGUGAUCAGUGACAUGGAUGAGACGAGACACGCUGUGGUGCAGGCAUCCAAGCUGCCCAUGUCCAUCAUCAUCGUAGGGGUGGGCAACGCUGACUUUGCUGCCAUGGAGUUCCUGGACGGGGACAGCCGGGUGCUGCGCUCCUACACCGGCGAGGAGGCCGUGCGCGACAUCGUCCAGUUCGUGCCCUUCCGGGAUUUCCGCAAUGCCCCCAAGGAGACCCUGGCCAAAGCUGUGCUGGCAGAGCUGCCCCAGCAAGUCGUGCAGUACUUCAAGCACCAAAACCUGCCACCCAUCAACUCGGAGCCAGCGUAGAGCUGUGCCAGGCUGUGCCCUCUGCAUGUUGCCAAAACCUGUUGGUCCUACCGAAAGCGCAUGUUCCACAUGCUUUUAAGAGAAGAAAACCCUCUUUGAAACACUUUGUACUUCUUAAUUUAAUUGCUAAGUUCUUAAAACUCAUCCCAGAGAAGCAUUUGGAUUCAUUUUGUACAGUCCCAGCCCGAGGUAACACUAUGGGGCCAGGCCGUGCCCUGGUCCUGCGCUGUUGAGUCACUUCUCAGUAUUGAAUGUACUUUGUAUAAUUUCAGUGGAACAGGAUACAAUUUUUACAAUCAAAACUUGCUUUUUCCAAGCAAUGAAAUGCUUGAUAUAUUAUUAUCAUUCAAUGAACUGGCCAUUGUAUAGUUCAUGUAUCUGUGUUGUACCCAUACCUCUGUCACGCUCUAUGUUCAUUUUUAUACUGUGUACAUGUUAUAUUUGUUAUACUCAGGUUAAUAAAGAAACUUGGACAUUUAAAACAA